CUCUUUUUUCUCUCUAUUCUCCAGGAUACUUGGCGUUACUGUUUCUUUGUUUGUUCGUUAUCAAAUCUCUUUCUCUUCUCCUCUCCUCUCCUCUGCGAUUGAAUCGAAGAACAAGCGUGAAUAUGAGAAAUUUCAGUGUCUUUGAGCGAUUCUCCAAAGCUUUUCAAGAUCAUCCUUCUCUCACCAGAAUCCUCGUCGUCUCCACCAUCAGUGGUGGUGGACUUAUAGCCUAUUCUGAGGCAAACGCGUCUUAUGGAGCGAACGGUGCUGCUCUUGUUGAAACUGGAACCAGGAAGAAGAAGGUGGUGCUGCUUGGAACUGGUUGGGCUGGAACUAGUUUCUUGAAGAAUUUGAAUAAUUCUCAAUAUGAGGUUCAGAUUAUUUCGCCUCGAAACUACUUUGCCUUCACACCUUUGCUACCUAGUGUUACUUGUGGAACUGUUGAAGCUCGCAGUGUUGUUGAGCCUAUCCGUAACAUUGGAAGAAAGAAGAAUGUUGAUACGUCUUACCUGGAGGCAGAAUGUUUCAAAAUUGAUCCAGCAAGCAAGAAAGUUUUUUGCCGAUCCAAACAAGGCCUUUCAAAUGGAAAGAAAGAAUUUUCGGUUGACUAUGACUACCUUGUAAUUGCAACUGGAGCUCAGUCUAAUACCUUUAACAUACCCGGAGUGGAGGAGAACUGUCAUUUUCUGAAAGAGGUUGAAGAUGCUCAGAAAAUCCGUAAAACUGUUAUUGAUCUCUUUGAGAGGGCAAGUCUACCAGAACUAAGCGAUGAAGAGAGGAAGAGAAUUCUGCAUUUUGUGGUUGUUGGUGGUGGGCCAACAGGUGUUGAGUUUGCUGCUGAACUGCAUGAUUUUGUUACUGAGGAUCUAGUUAGUCUCUACCCUAGAGCCAAGGGUUCAGUGCGGAUCACGCUUCUGGAGGCCGCAGACCACAUCCUGACCAUGUUUGACAAGAGAAUUACUGAGUUUGCCGAAGAAAAGUUUAGCAGAGAUGGAAUUGAUGUGAAACUUGGCUCCAUGGUAACUAAAGUGAAUGAGAAAGAUAUAGCUGCUAAAACCAAAGGAGGAGAGGUUUCUUCCAUUCCUUAUGGAAUGAUUGUCUGGUCAACUGGUAUUGGAACUCGUCCUGUCAUAAAAGACUUUAUGAAACAAAUUGGUCAGGGUAAUAGACGUGCUCUGGCAACUGAUGAAUGGCUUCGCGUAGAAGGAUGUGAUAGCAUAUAUGCCCUUGGUGAUUGCGCAACAAUCAACCAGCGCAAAGUCAUGGAGGAUGUUUCUGCUAUAUUUAGCAAAGCAGACAAAGACAAGUCUGGGACACUGACUCUCAAAGAGUUUCAAGAAGCAAUGGAUGACAUUUGUGUUAGAUACCCUCAAGUGGAGCUCUACUUGAAGAGUAAGCGUAUGCGUGGCAUUGCUGAUCUUCUAAAAGAAGCCGAAACUGAUGAUGGAUCCAAGAAGAACAUCGAACUGAAGAUCGAAGAAUUCAAAUCUGCUCUUUCUCAGGUGGACUCACAAGUGAAAUUUCUUCCAGCUACAGCACAGGUUGCUGCUCAGCAAGGUGCUUACCUAGCUAAAUGCUUUGACCGUAUGGAAGAGUGUGAGAAGAAUCCAGAAGGUCCCAUUAGGAUGAGAGGAGAAGGUCGUCACCGUUUCCGCCCCUUCAGGUACAGGCAUUUGGGACAAUUUGCACCAUUGGGAGGGGAACAAACGGCAGCACAACUUCCAGGAGAUUGGGUCUCUAUUGGACACAGCAGCCAGUGGCUCUGGUAUUCCGUCUACGCAAGUAAGCAAGUGAGCUGGCGUACGAGAGUGCUAGUGGUUUCGGAUUGGAUGAGGCGUUUCAUCUUUGGAAGGGAUUCAAGUAGCAUCUGAUUGAUUUAAACCACCCCCGCAUCGAACUCAUGCCAAACCCCAAUUCCCAAAUACAACAGCAGAUCUAUCUACUCUCCUCCUCUCACGAGUUUACACUAACUUUCUCAUGAGUACAAAGUUUUGUUUCCCCUUUAAAACCACAAAAUUCGGCUUUUAUAUUUUGUAAUAAAAUAAUGACCAUGACCUCCACUAGUAACGAGGAGAGAUUGCCUCUCUCUACGAUGGGUUGGCCAUAUUCGCUAGUGCCGAGAAUUGCACUCUCAGUUUUUGCUAAAUAUUUUUCAGGUGGCUCUUUUUACCAUUUCUUUCAUA